CGGGCCCCCUGGCCAUCACCCACGGAGGCUGGGGUUGCCGAAUGCAGGGCGCUAGGACCCGGUGGCGCGGCGUGGGCAGGGGCUGGGUGCUCGGGGAGCAGAAGGGCGCCACUGCGCCCAGUCAGUCCCGAGCAGGUGGGGGCGCGGCGCGGUGCUAGGGGCGCCGAGGGGCGGAGGCGGCCGCCACACCUAGGGCGCCGCUGAGCGCCGGGAGCUGGCGCGGGCGGAGCCGCCCUCAGGGCCGCGCGUGUCCGGGGCUUCGGCCCCGCCCCGCGCCGUCCAAUGAGAGCCCGCGGCCGGAGGGGCUGUCCGCACACUCUGUCCGCAGCCCCACUCCGCGCCGCCGACCCCCUGACACCGCAUCCCUGCCCGGGCAGCUCGCCCCAGAUCCCGAGUUCAGCGCGGUGUCAUCGGCUUCCAGACGCCGCUCCCUGCGCCCCUCUCCCGGACCUGGCGCCCCGGCUCCUGGACUCUAGGUGCCCUUAGGUCCCCGGGCGGCGGCGAGACUUAUGGCCCCCCAGGGGGGUGAAGUAGGAGCAGCCUGACUACCCUCAGCCGGUGCCCCGUCCACGCCCCUCCGGGCCGCGUGGCGGGAGUCUUCGGGGAGCUAUGCUGAGGCCGGGUGGUGCGGAGGAAGCCGCGCAGCUACCCCUUCGACGCGUCCGCGCCCCUGUCCCCGAGUCCGCUCCCAGAUCCACGGCCCCCGACUGCUCUCGGGCUUCGGCCCGCCUAAGUCUUGCCUGCCUUCUGUUGCUGCUACUGCUGCUGACGCUGCCGGCCCGCGUAGACACGUCCUGGUGGUACAUCGGGGCACUAGGGGCCCGUGUGAUCUGUGACAACAUCCCUGGGCUGGUGAGCCGGCAGCGGCAGUUGUGCCAGCGUUACCCAGACAUCAUGCGCUCCGUGGGCGAGGGUGCCCGAGAAUGGAUCCGAGAGUGUCAGCACCAGUUCCGCCACCAUCGCUGGAACUGUACCACCCUGGACCGGGACCACACUGUCUUUGGCCGCGUCAUGCUCAGAAGUAGCCGGGAGGCAGCAUUUGUAUAUGCCAUCUCAUCAGCAGGGGUGGUCCAUGCUAUCACUCGUGCCUGUAGCCAGGGUGAGCUGAGUGUGUGCAGCUGUGACCCCUAUACCCGUGGCCGACACCAUGACCAGCGUGGGGACUUUGACUGGGGUGGCUGCAGUGACAACAUCCACUAUGGUGUUCGCUUUGCCAAGGCCUUCGUGGAUGCCAAGGAGAAGAGGCUUAAGGAUGCCCGGGCUCUCAUGAACUUACAUAACAAUCGCUGUGGUCGCACGGCUGUGCGGCGGUUUCUGAAGCUGGAGUGUAAGUGCCAUGGCGUGAGUGGCUCCUGUACUCUGCGUACCUGCUGGCGCGCGCUCUCAGAUUUCCGCCGCACAGGUGACUACCUGCGGCGGCGCUAUGACGGGGCUGUGCAAGUCACGGCCACCCAGGAUGGUGCAAACUUCACAGCAGCUCGCCAAGGCUAUCGCCGUGCUACCCGGACUGACCUGGUCUACUUUGACAACUCCCCAGACUACUGUGUCUUGGACAAGGCUGCAGGUUCCCUAGGCACUGCAGGCCGAGUCUGUAGCAAGACAUCUAAAGGGACAGACGGUUGUGAAAUCAUGUGCUGCGGCCGAGGGUAUGACACAACCCGAGUUACCCGCGUCACCCAGUGUGAGUGCAAAUUCCACUGGUGCUGUGCUGUGCGGUGCAAGGAGUGCAGAAACACUGUGGACGUCCAUACUUGCAAGGCCCCCAAGAAGGCAGAGUGGCUGGAUCAGACCUGAACACAGAAAUACCUCACUCAUCCCUCCACUUCAAACCUCCUGAUUCAAAAGCACAAGAUCUUUGCAUGCACACCUUCCUCCACCCUCAACCCUGGGCUGCUACAGCUUCUAUUUAAGGACUUGGAGAACACUCCAGAGGGACCCUGGUGUCCUAGCUGGUUCCUUAGCCCUAGGAAGGAGUUGACAGGGGAUGUAUUAUAAAAAAAAAAAAAAAACCGAGCGGCUCCCUGACUCCCCACUCUGGAGGCUAGAAGGGAGAGUGGAAGAGGUGGGAGUCUGCAGAGCGAUAUGAGUUGCACUAAAGCACAUGGUCAAGGCUCAUUCCCCCCUUCCCUUGCAUUGGCUUCCUGAUACUUCUUGUGUGUGCAGGAGAAAGGGUACCUGGAGAGAACUUCUCUUCCUACCUGGCCAAGGGCAGAUGGGACAGAGAUGAAACCACAUAUCUCUUCCCUGGGUCAGUGUGAGCUAACUGCCUGAUACCCCAAAAGAAACUCUGCAACAUUCUCCCAUUAUCAAGACCCUGGGAUUGCUAGAUAUGAGUUAGCCAUAGUGGACAAGGUUCCAUUCUCAUGCUCAUAUGUUUGUAAACUGCUGUGUUUUGUAGGAGAAAAAAAAAUUAUACAACUAUACAAACAUACAUUCUCUUCCAAUCUCUCCUUUUCAACCUGUAUACGCCAGCACUGCCUCUUUUGCUCCCUUGCUGCCUGUGUAAACUGAGUUGCAUGCAGUGUCAGGCUAACAGAUCAUUAGAACAUCCUAGAACACUCCUAAGAAGGAGUAAUUUGGU